CUCUUGACGUUUUGACAGUUUGUCUGUUUGUUUUUCUCCCUCACCUUGCGACGUCGUUUCGGUUCGUUUCGGCAGGAACUGGAAAUGCUUUUGUUCGUUACCAAACGUUGGACAUGGCUCACCGAGCUAAGGUUGAGUUGUCCGGUCAGUACAUUGGCAAGUUCCAGUGCAAGAUAGGAUACGGUAAAGCUACUCCGACGACCAGAAUUUGGGUUGGUGGUCUUGGCGCAUGGACUUCGGUUACUCAGUUGGAGCGUGAGUUCGACCGUUUUGGUGCCAUCAAAAAGAUCGAAUAUAACAAAGGGGACACCCAGGCCUACAUUCUGUACGAUUCUAUUGAUGCUGCUACGGCUGCUGUGAAGGAUAUGCGUAGAUUCCCGUUAGGGGCACCGGAUCGUCGUAUUCGUAUCGAUUUUGCUGAUAACGGAACAACACCAUCGUUCUCAAAGCGCAGUGGAGUUUUUGACGAAGGCGGAUUCCAAUACGGGGAGCACCACUGGCAAAUCUGAUGCCUACGACGACGACGGAAUAUUCGGCACCGAUUUGAAAAACGAAUGAAGACUCAAAGGAUUUUAUGACCUCAACAAAAAAUAACAGCAUGCAGAUAAGUAGGUAUCAACAACUAGUCGGUGGAGUUUAACGAACGGCAACACCCCAGAUCGAAAGCUAGAUAUUGACCAAAUGCUGCCCCUAUUUGCUUAAGCGUUCCAUGUCAGCUCUCUCCAACUUAAGUAAUAUGCUGUUGAAUUUUUCAAACUCAUUUUACAUGGAGAAAUACAAAACAAUUUUAGACAUAUUUCUGAAAGGAAAUCAAAAUUGUCAAAAAUCAUCGACAUGAGGCUCGGGACUAUAUAUGCCUUGCGCCUUGGCGAAACUCAGAACUUCGAAUUCCAGAACAAAUACCCAGGCCAAGUGGGUUUACCUUCGUUUGCUGAACUAGGUUGAGAAGCUUUCAAAACAGAUAUCAGCAGCACUAGACUAUACAUUACAUAUCGAAUGAUCCUAAACGAAGAUGAUCAACCCUCCCUCCGUUUCAAUGAGCGUAAAAUCUGAAAACUUAUGACAGUAAAGUAUUUAAAAUAAGAGAAUAAAAUAAAUAUAACAA